AAUAAUUAUUUCCUUCCUAUACGGAAUACAAAAGAAAACGAAUGUUCACUUUGAUGAGCGAUUUAAGUGUCUUAAAAUAGCCGUAUUAUAUGGUAGAGUUACAUCAGUUAUAAAUAUUUUUUACUACCUACCGAGGACAAUAAGAAUUACAUAAAAUUAAAAAAAAAAAAUAAGAAACCGAAAGUUGUCCCAUUACUAUUCAUAACACAUGAUGAUGCGUCUUUAUCACUAUCAGGCACAUUAUGUGCACUGUGUUCCGUAUCUUGAAUACAAACAAUGAGAACAUUUUUCCUAAAAUAUUAUAAAAAUCUUGACGUUUGACUCAUUCGGUUGCUGCCAACGACAAUGCAAAGAAGCAAAUGAUCUAAAAACGUUAUUAUAUUAUCCGGGAGCAUGGAAAAAGGAUUAUUUUUGGUCUUGGUUUUCGUUUGCCACUCGCACCAGAGACCUCAGCUUGAAUUAGACACGUCAACCACAGUGGCAGAUACGACUGAUCCUACUACCGAAGAGACGACCGUCAAAAGCUCAGAAACCGUUGCACAAGUCACCGAAGCCACUGCGGUGUCCGUCAAGAGUUCCGUUAACGUUUCGUCGUCGUACGUGCCGAGCGAAGUGUACGAAGACUUCAAGCCCAGCAAUUAUUACAGACCCGAUGGCAAUCCGAUAUACGAAAAACCCAGCACCUAUGUCAAUCCCGAGAUUUUCCACGGAACUCAACACUUUCAGAGACCUAAUGGCUUAGUCAAUCCGUCGUUGACGCCAAAACCCGACGACAAAAAUAUAGUUUUUCCACAAGCUUCUCACGAUCAUAUUAUCCAACACAGCAACAGGUCGAAUGGUCCGGAGUUCAGGAGCCCGUACAAGUACACUGAAAUAUUUACGCAGCCCAAACCGAUGAAACACGACUACGGCGAGACUGUGCCGAAGUUCAGUGAAUAUGACAACAGCUUUUACGAAAAAUAUUUUGGCCGGUACUACGGCAACGAGAUGUCGCAUUAUCCCGAUCUCGUGCACGAACCACCGAAGUCCUAUCACAGCGUCGCAAUUCGUCAUAAGAAAGAUCCUUGGAGGAGCAUGCUCUCCGUGUUGGCCACUAUUCUGCCGGUAGGACUGUUACUAGCUUCUUUUCCUCCGACCGUCAUCAAAGUGAAUUCAACUCAAUACCCCUCUCAGUUUCAAAAAAACGCCACGUUGUACAAUCCGAAUGCGAUCAUCGGAAGGUAUAGGUCGUUGAAAAAUAAAAAACCAAUAAGCAAAACCAGUGGAGACGAAGAGUCACCCAGAUAUUUAGAUGACUGUUCGAAAAAAAAAAUAUGCGAAAGCAUAAAAACCAAUUAUACGCUGAGCGAAUUGGAUUCUCUUUUGCAAAACAACAAACUGAAUUUAGCGAAAAAUCGAUCGACCGCGAUGGUGGAAAUCGCAGAAGCCGUUGUAUCCACUUCGCCGGAAUCGUGUCAAGUGUUUGUUUGCAAUAAUUGAACAAGCGCAUACAAUAAUAACAAUACAUACCUAUACUAGUAGCAUAUAUUUUAUAUCAACACGGUAACCACAAUUUUACACCGAUCAGACCAAGAAUUCCAUUAAUGUAUGGAAUGCAGACACGUUUAAUGGCUGGGUAUCGGAAGUAGACUUGGCCCUGGGCGAACUUUCGUUCCACGAUAACCAUAAAUAAAAGUAAAAUAAAAUAAAUAAAAAAAAUAAAAACCAAA